AGAUCAUAUCAUAUAUAAUUUCCAACAUGUAGAGUAGACUAUAUAGAAAUUGCCUUGGCCGACCGUGAACGCGCGCGAACUGUGGGGAAGGAUGCUAUGGGUGUGAGCUAGAGCGCUGAAUGUGCUCGCGCUGAUCGAAGACGUUUGUUCCUGUUCUACAAAUUGUGUGAUUCUGAGAAAAUUACGUUAACCACGCUCCUUUGAUUUCUUGGAACCUGGAGUUGGGAAAUCCACUGCAACGUCUUUGUUUACAAAUAUCGUGACAAAUAUUGUCAGCCAAUUGGCAAAUAUUUAAGUGUCUGGCAAAACAUCUCCGUCUGUACACUUGAAAGUCAAUGCUUCAUAGUGUUUCGCAGAUAAUUUUCAAAAUCAUGUUGGGGUAUAUAGUUGAGCAUAUCCUACUCGCCACUGCUUAGAAAGUGUGCGACAUCCAUGUUUUCAUACUUUUAUGGUGCAUUGUGUGCGACAUUCAUUCAUUCAAACCAGGAAUCCUGGUGUUGUGUUUUCUUAUUGAGUGAAUAACGUUUACUGUGUUCAACAACUUUGAUAUUCUCGUAUGUGUAUUUUUUGACAUGUCACAAUGCAUGUUUGUAACACGCGUGAUAACCGUGGAUAUUUGUGAUCUACCUAAUGAUCCACACAUUUGAUCAAAUUCGUUAUUAUUAUUAGCAAUUUAACUGCUUAAUAUCGUUAGAGGAGAUUGCAGAACUGCAAGGACAGUUUGGUUCUCUUAUUGGCCAGUUUUGUCCACGUGAUUAAGCAAAGAAGGAAAUAUCAACAUGUAUCAACAUGAUGCUACUGGGAGAAUAGCGAACAAUCUUACAGUGGAAAAAUGUUUGCUAAAAUGUUUGAAAACAUACUGAAUUAAAAAGAGUGCGUGCCUAUAAGCAUCAGAACAAGUUAUCAAGUGUAGCAGAGAUUUCAAGUAUUUUGAUUCAUGCCAAAAUCAGUUGACCGAUCUGAUGGAAAAUGGCAAUUGGGCUCACACUGCUAUUGCUGUCUGGUGCCCUGCUCUCUGGGAUGUUGUAUUAUGUCUCUUACCAACAUAGAGACUUGAGGAGGCCAAAUUUUAUUAUUAUCCUGGCUGAUGACAUUGGCUGGGGUGACCUUGGAACGAAUGUGGCAGGGAAGAGUCAUACGCCCCACCUGGACCUGAUGGCUCUGGAGGGAAUGAGGUUCACAGAUUUCCACUCGCCCGCCUCCACCUGCUCACCCUCCCGCGCUGCUAUCCUGACGGGGCGGCACGGUCUGCGCAAUGGGGUAACGCACAACUUUGCAGUGGGGUCUGUUGGAGGACUGCCUCUCAGUGAAACUACCAUUGCCCAAGUGCUGAAAGCGACAGGUUAUUACACCGCUAUGAUUGGAAAAUGGCAUCUUGGGCACAAUGGUCCAUUUCACCCAAGCCACAGAGGCUUUGAUUACUACCUUGGAAUUCCCUACAGCAAUGAUAUGGGCUGUACAGACUCACCUGGCUUUGACCUUCCUAGCUGUCCUCCAUGUGAGCAGGAUAUGCUGGUGCUCAGACAGACACAUGGUGGCUGUUACUCCAAGGUGGCAUUGCCCUUAUUUGAGAACCUGAGCAUUGUAGAACAGCCCUUGAACCUCUGGACCCUGGCUGAGCGGUACAAGCAGACAGCCAUUAACAUCAUCCGCAGCUCAAGGGAAAGAGGCCAGCCCUUCCUGCUGUACGUGGCCCUGUCUCACAUGCAUGUGCCACUGUCUCCUGACCUGCCCCCUGAAGGAGGAGACCCCGGACUCGUAUAUGCUGCCAGUCUGAGGGAAAUGGACAGCCUGGUGGGGGCCAUAAAGAAUGCAUCAGAUGACAAUGACAAGGAAAAUACAUUAAUAUGGUUCACAGGUGAUAAUGGUCCAUGGACCCAGAAAUGUGAGUUUUCUGGAAACGUGGGUCCUUUUUUGGGAAGGUGGCAGACAGACAGAGGUGGGGGGUCUGCUAAGAAGACUACAUGGGAAGGGGGUCACCGUGUGCCAACAGUGGCCUACUGGCCAGGGAAGAUUCCAGAAAACACCACCAGCAGAGCCCUUCUUAGUGGGCUGGACAUCUUCCCCACUGUCCUUUCCCUUGGAGCUGCAGAGGCCCCAUCACACAGACACUAUGAUGGGAUGGAUAUAACAGAUGUUCUGUUCCAUGGCUCAGAGACUGGACAUAAGAGUCUAUGCCAUCCCAACAGCGGUGCAGCAGGGCAGUUUGGGGAUCUGCAGACAGUCAGGCUGGGGCAGUACAAAGCCUUCUACAUCACAGGUGCUGCAGAAGCCUGUGGUGGGGGGACGGGGAAACAGGAGGUUCACAACCCCCCUCUGAUUUUUGACCUGUCUGAUGAUGAAGAGGAGAGCACCCCCUUGGACAGCGGCAGUGAGGAGUACACGGCUGUCCUGGAGCACGUGCAGUGGGAGAGAGACGCGCUUCUCCUGGACAUCGCUACAGAUCACGUGUCUCGGGCCGACUACACCGUGGACCCGUCCGUCGCCCCGUGCUGUGACCCAAGUCAUGUGGCCUGCCGCUGUAAGGCUGGGGGCUGAGGUCCGACUGCUGCUACGGGUCUCCCAGACUAGGCUAGCUCUGUAUGACGCUGCCAUUUCUUGUUUGUCUGGGCUGGACUUCAGUGGUUCCCUCUUGGUUUCUUUUAGCCACAGAGAAGCGGGUGCACAUGCAGGCAUACUGUAGGUUGUAAACAAGUAGAAAAUGGCCUUGAACGAUCGAUCGUGCUGGAAAUACUGUUUGCUUUAGCUGUCACACAACAGUCCUUACACCAACCGCGAUGGAUCAGUUCUGUUCGAAGAUGACCUUACACUGAGUUUUCAGUGGAACACAAGUUUGUUUACAUUUACUCACAAAUGAAAGAUAGCCAAACUUCUGCUUUGUUCUGCACUGCCUUCUUUCCAUUGCCAAGUAACAAAGUGAAUGAGUGUCGCGGCACUUGUAAAAUAAUAUCCAAGGUAAUAGUUAUAUUUCACACCACUGUAGUGUAUUAAUUGACUGGGUGGGUGGCAGAACCGCAGUAGCUGGUGAGUAACAGCAGGGCCGUACACAGUCAGGCGUGCAGCAUAUGACAUACUUGUCACGAAAACAAGUGUGGCACCGAAUGAAUCAUUAACAGUCUCUACAUACUACACGUUUGUUAAAGUGUGGUGUACAGACCACCCAUAAUGGCUAUCGGUUACCACUAAACCAUCCAUCAUUGACCACAAGGCUGCACUGGGGUGGAAAGUCCAGGGGUCGGAAAAUUGGAAAGUGCUCCUUCCACCCAGGAACUCAGCCAGCUGAUUUCACUAAUUAGUUCUGCCUCAUGGCUGAAGAAUUGUGUUAAUAAGCAAAUCCAGGUGAUUCAAACAAGUACUUUUCUUUGCCACUGCAAAAUACAAACUCAGAUUUUCUGAAGUAUAAAGUAAACUUCAUAGUUGGACAAAAUGAAAGAAAUACUCCUUGUUAUUUAUAGAAGUACAUUUCAUACAGCAGUCAGAUCAAAUCUGUAUAGUAGUCUAGGGUCAGAGGUAGGCCUGUUGGAUAACCUACAGCUACUGUAGCUUACAAGGUACAGCUACUCUGGGGGGCACAGGGAACCAUUUCACAUGAUAUGAUGGAUUUACUGAACUUAGUUUGCUUAUCCUUUACUGAAGAAAUGAGGCAAAAAUUUAUUUUUAACGACACAACACAGGGCACUGGGCUAUUGUGUCAUUGUGUCUUCAUUUAGGCCCUGGACAUUCUGCAAUUUAUGAAUGUGAAUGCUGCUAUGAAGUGAGUGUGGACAGGAACUGCAGAUUAUGACUGCUUUGGUCUGUUGUGAAUCUACUCCAGUUUCUACAGCAUUAAAUUCUAAACCCUGCCUUAAAUGUAA